UCUACAAUAUCAAUGAACUCGUGCGAUUGUGUGCAAUAAUGUAGCCAGCAUACCACUCAAAUAACUUAACAGUUACUAGGGGUGUUGCAGAGUCAUGCAGAGAGAUGGAGUGGAGAGCAGCACUUGACAUGACUCACUGUGGUUGACUCAGUGGAAUGAAGGCUUCCCGUCAUGCUCCGAGCAGGAAGCUGAAUUUUGACGUUGUUUAAUCAUGGUACUGUUGGGGACUCGAAGCAAAGAAAGUAUUCGCAAGCUGUACGAAACGUUUUGGGAUAUUUUCAACACUGGUAACGGCAGCUGGUGGCCUGCCACUUGUGCGUGAGCUUGCGAGCAAGCGAGUGUCGACGGAACCCGUGGCCUUGCCUCGCCUCGCCUCUGCACACGGGCCAUCAUGGGCGAGAAUGGCUCCCUCGCCGACACCGCCAUGUGCUACCAGGAGGUGGCGCUGGGUGGCGAGGACGAGAAGAUCGCUGGCUACGACGACCACGACAAGGACGAGGACGAACACGACCUCGACCACGACCUCCACGACGACGACGACGGCGGGCCGGACGAUGGCGACGACCUGAUGAUGCACCCCUCCACCUCCACGUGCAUGGGGGGCGGCCGCGUGUACGACCGCACCACCGUGCUGAUCGAGCAGGACCCCAUCCGUCUGGACGAGGAAGGGGAGGAGGACGGCCACUGCGGGGCAGACUGCGAGGAGGACGGCAUGGCGUUCCUGGCCGAGGGCGAGGAGGGAGAGGGGAACGAGGACGACGAUGAUGACGAGGACGAGGGCAUGGACGGCUCGCUGGUCUUCAUGAGCGACCCCGAGGGCAUGGCACACGGCUACGUGCACCACACCAUCUCGCCAGACCAGAUCCAGUUCAUCAUCAACCCGGGCUCCACGCCCAUGCCACGCAACAUCGAGGGCGCCACGCUCACACUGCACUCUGAGUGCCCCGAGACCAAGCUGAGAGAGGUGAAGCGCUACCAGUGCACGUUCGAGGGCUGCACACGCACCUACAGCACGGCAGGCAACCUGCGCACGCACCAGAAGACGCACCGGGGCGAGUACACCUUUGUGUGCAACCAGCAGGGCUGCGGCAAGGCCUUUCUCACCUCCUACAGCCUCAAGAUCCAUGUGCGUGUGCACACCAAGGAGAAGCCUUUCGAGUGCAACGUGCAGGGCUGCGAGAAGGCCUUCAACACGCUCUACAGACUCAAGGCCCAUCAGCGUUUGCACACGGGGAAGACGUUCAACUGUGAAUCUGAAGGAUGCACCAAGUACUUUACCACGCUCAGCGACCUGAGGAAGCACAUCCGCACUCACACGGGCGAGAAACCCUUCCGGUGUGACCAUGAUGGGUGUGGCAAAGCGUUUGCAGCCAGCCACCACCUGAAGACCCACGUACGGACACACACAGGUGAGAAGCCUUUCUCCUGUACGAGUGAUGGUUGUGAGAAGUCCUUCAGCUCCCAGUACAGCCUGAAGAGUCACAUCCGUGGCCAUGACAACAAGGGCAACCCCUUCACAGUCAACCUCACACACCCACUCUCAGAAGAUGCAAACCACUCACUGUGCAUCAGUGAUUUGAGUCUCAUCUCCACGGAUUCAGAGCUUCGGGAAAACCUGAACAACUCUCACGGUUUGGACUUCAGCAGUGUGACGCCGGUGCGGAUCUUUGAGCUUAUGUUCCAGAGCCCCGACAACAGCGUCAGCCAGGACGACGUGCAGCACACAGAUAGUCUAGUAGAGGCCUUUGGCCUGGACACCCCAUCCCAGCCUGCCGUGACAGAGACCCCUGCCCUCCUCCCAGCCUUCACACAGGCCCCUUCGUCCUCCUCCCCUUCCUCAUCUCUGGCCACCCCAGUCUUGGACAUCACUCUUCAACCGGUGGUGUCUGUGUGCACUCAGCCUUCCUCCUCCACCACCACCUCCUCCUCCUCCGCCUCAUCGUGCUCAUCCUCUUCCUCGACGGUCACCACCAGCACGCUUUCCUCCGUCUCAAGCUCCAGCUAUGUGCCUAUCAGUGCCUCCCUGCAGGCCCCGGAGCUCCAGAGCAUGCCAUCAGCCGCCCAGCACUACGUGGCCCUGCCGCCCAAGUUCCUCCAGCCGGAGGGCGUCGGUGCCAGUGUGGUGGUGGGUACCGCAGCUGGGCCGACCAUCACAACAACUGGCCCAGCAGCCUCGGCAACCCCAGCCUCAUCAGCAGCCCCCACCUCAGCACCACCCACCACCCCGUCUACGGGAUCAAUUGCAACUGAUUCGGCCCCUCCACCACCACCACCACCACUACCCGCGCCUGCUCCUGUGGCAGCACCGGCUCCACCUCCUGCUACCAUCACCAUAGCACCCACGCCGGGCAUGCUGCCCCCAGGCCUGAUGGUGUCUGACCAGAAUCUCCAGAACCUUCAGUGGAUCCUCAGCAGUGCCGCCAACGCACAGAGCAGCACGGAGCAGCAGGUGUCAGGUACCAAAGUGGAGAAAGUCUUCUUUACCACCGCCAUACCUGUUGGAGGAAGUUCAGGAAACCCUGUGCAGCAGAUCGGCCUGAGUCUGCCCGUCAUCAUCAUCAAGCAGGAGGAGUCGUGCCAGUGCCACUGUGCCUGCCGGGACUCCAGCAGUACCUCCACCACCUCCACCUCCACCUCCACCUCCACUUCAACCUCCAGCUCGAGCUCCUCCGCAAACUCCACAUCGUCCUCCACACAACAACAGCAGCCACCUACAGAACCCAGUGCACCUGGAGCUGCUGCCGUAGUGACUAUAACCGCACCUGCUGCCAACGUUCCCCCACCCGCCCCACCACCUCCCCCAGACCUUCCUCCCUCCUCCAGCUCAGCCCCUCCCAGUGCUGGCCCCACGCAGUGUUGUUCAGACCAGCCGGACGAUUCGUCGUCAUCCCACCCUGGCCACGCACAUUCAGCCACUCAGCCUCCAUCGUUACCCUCUGCAUCAGCAGCAGCAGCAGUACUGUCGACCUGUGCUGCCUCUGCCCCCUCCUCCUCCUCCUCCUCUUCAUCCUCCUCGAUUGUCAUCUCUCAGACCUUAGUCAGCUCGAACCCCUCCACCUCUGACUCAGCUGCCCUCCCCCCACCAGCGCAGCAGCCAGCGGCAGCGGUCUCCACUGACGGUCUGGCCAGCAUGGACGUGUCUGACUUCCUGUCUCUGCAGAGCCCCUCUGAUGGUGGCACGGGCAACAUGGAGGCUCUGCUGCUGGUGCACGAUGACUUCCCCAUGUCUGACGGAGGGGCACCCCAAUAGCAGAACCCCCCGCCCCCCCCUUACCUAACUUCCACCAAACACAUGGCCCUCUGCCUCUUCAGCCGCCAUAUUUCCCUCCCACCUUCUUGGUAUUAGCCCCUUCUUCUUCUAUUCCAGUGCUGCCAGUAACAAUGCAGGUUCCCACUUGGUCAUCAUGUGCUGCUGCCACCUGCUGGCGGUUCAGAGGAGUGCACCAAGCAGAGACUGAUAGAAGCAGCCCCACCAAUUAGCAGCAUGGAACCUGAACCAGACUUGCCUGGCUGCCUGGAUCAGACAGCUGUGCUCUUUGGUUGUUGAAACGUACAGUGCAGCGGGAUAUAUGAGGUUCACCCUGCUGCUUGCGUCUCUGCUUCCUACUGUGAACGCAAAACCCUCAGCUGACAGCCCUCGUCUUCAGCGCGCCAUCCUACCCGGCCCUGCCCUUUGGAUAGAGUGGCGCUAUCAUUCGGAUCCUCACAUCCAUUGAUGUUACUUGACAAACCACGUUACUUGUCAUAGCAGUACUCAGAAGUGUCUGUAUCUACAUAUGCAGCUUUGGUCAAUGUGAUCAAUGCCUGAAUGGACUCAUCUAAAGAAUUUAUUUGAUUUUUUUUUUUUUGCUUUGUUUUUAUUCUUUCCCUAUUGUUGUCGGGGACAUGCAAGAGACAAAAAAAAUAAUUGUAAAUGAAUGAAUUUGGCUCAAUUUGGCUAUGGAAUUAUUUGCGUGCCAGUACUUGAGGAAAAAACCCUUGUUGAGCUCUAUUUAAGACCACCUCGUCACUUUUUGCAUGAUGUUGAACAUGUCUUUAUUUCUUAUAUGUUGUUUUUUAUUAUUAUUUUGUUCAUGGAAAAACAUGAAGCACUGAUUUUCUUUGCCACAAACUGUAGUGAAAUUACACACUAUGACAUUUCCUAACUAUCUAUGUACUGUAGUUGGCAGCGCUCUCUCUGGUGUUAAAAUACAUUUAGUGCAGGACUGACUAGAAUGUACUGCAUGUAAACAAAUAGCAACAAAAACAACAGCAACAUAACAUGUUGACAGUAGUUUGUCGUGGGAGUAGUCUGUAGUUGAAAAAGAAACAAAAAAUAGAAAUACACAUUCUAUUGCGAGGUCAUUUGGAAGCGUAGGUGUUCGCUGUUGCUUCUCCCUCCUAAAGCAAAGUCUAUGGCAUGCCACACCACAGUUAAGAGAAGCUGACUGCAAAGGAUGCUAGGGUGUCUAGUCUAGUCCAGGAAAUGUGAGUUUUGUAAUGAUGACAUUAUUUUCAUUUUAUAUCUUAAUCUGUUGAUAGUUUUGAAAAGAAAGACAGACAAGGAAAUGAGUUAUUUUGCUUUUCUUUUUAAAGAAUAAAUAUAUGUAAUAUAGUACAUUUGGGGGAAACAGCUGCCUAUAACUAAAGUAGUAUUUAAUUUUAUUGUGUUAAUUUAUUUGAAUAAUAACUAUCAUUCAAUCAACUUCUCUCUCUCUCUCUCUCUCUCUCUCUCUCUCUCUCUCUCUCUCUCUCUCUCUCUCUCUCUCUCUCUCUCUCUCUCUCAAAAUAAGUCUCCCAAACUCCCUGGCUUUGUGGACCAAGUCCUGUUGUAGCCAUGUUGCUGGCGUGUUUCUCCUUUAUGGUGGAGGAAACGCUCAGGUGUAGGUUGGCGCUUCUUUUCUUUCCUCGAGGAUGGUGUUACUGAUUCCAGGCCCUGCCCCAUUUCACCCUCCCACUCAUUCAUUUUUCAACCCCUCUGCUCUCCUGUCCUGUCCUGUCCUGGUUUUCACUCUUUUCAUUUUCUCCUCUCCUCGCACCUAUAUGCUUUACUUAAUUCUCCUCUCCUGUUCACUUGUGUUCGCCGUCUUAUCUUCUCUCCACUCAUCUGCUCCUCUCUUUGUCUCCCUUUCUUUCUUCCUGUGCCCUCUCUUCUCCUCUCUUGAGUUUUCCCAUUUUCCACAUUCCUCCGCCCCAUCCCAAGAAAGAGCCCCUCAGGGAUGAAAGCUACGACAGGCCAAAUUCUUGAUGCGGAGCAGUUAACUAAAUGACCUGAUUUGAUCUGAAAUGCAUCAUCAAAAUCAUCCAUCAUUGCUGACCCUCAUCUCUCCUUUUUCUCUCUCUCUCGUGUCUCAUCUCAGCUGCCUGCACUACUUGUCCAGUGUCUUUAGUUGGAGCCCCACUCCUUGGGAACAGUCAAUAGCGCCCAUCCCUCCCCUCGCCCCCUUCCUCCUUUGUUAUAUUACCACUGCUGUAGAGAGUAUUUGUGUUGUGAACGAGUUGAUCCUACAUGUAGAUAUUGCACAUUUGAUAUAAAUACAAUUAUUCCUUUAGAUUGUAUUUGAAUUUGUAUUUUUGUAUAGAGCGUGAAAUAUUUUAGGUUUUCGAGAUGGAAGACAAAGCCUCCCUAUUUUCCACCCUCCCCCUGCUCACACCCCUUUCAUUGCAGAUGUGCACUAAUUAUGCAGACUUUGCUUUUGUUGUUAUUUUCUUUUCCUUUGUCUUUCUGAACGAAGCCUUGUAAUGGUCCAACUGCGGUUUUCGUGCAAACCUCUCUGAAGGAAAAAAAAGCCUCUCAAAACCUUUCCCCUAACAGAACUGUGCUCUGACGUGCAUGCAUUAAAUGGUGUUCUUUGCAAGUUGAUAUAGAUUCUUCUGUGCAACGCAUAGAGCAUAGAAGAGAUAUAUUACAUUGCCUUACAGCCUAUCAACGAUUACAGUUUGAUGACAAUUUGCCUCUUCAGUGUGUUCUUGCCUUCAACGUAUAAUCUGACUCCUCUAGUCAUCUUUCCGUUCACUCGUUGCCAUACAGACUUAUGUAUCUCAGAACGACUCCUGUAACAAGGCUCGGUUUGGCAAAACAAGAACAAUUUCUUAACUUAUUUGUGUUAUUUUAUGCUGUGCUGCUGCUGCACAUGUUCUCUCUGUGAGAAGCUCAGUUCUUAGGUGUGUUUGUGUGUGGUCUCUACACAACUCCUUGCACCGUACCGCCCAACUUUUGUAAGUGCUUGGAACAUUCUACUUGCAGUGUUGUUGGGGCUCUCUUGUCAUUAUUUUUCCAGAGGAUGUUUAAAAUCCAGGAAUAUUUCUCAUCUACUGUAAUGACAAGAGGCUUCAGAGUGGCUGCAUAUCAAGGCUUUCUUGCAUGCAAGAUUUCAUUUCCCAACAUUGUUAAAUUACACCACCAGUUUCUAUUGUACUGAUGACUUCAGCUUGUGUUAAGCAUUUGAUGUUGGAUCUGUUGUUGUCCAGUUUCUUUCUUUUUUUCUCUCGCUCUUUGUGGGAGGAUUGGUGUUUGUUUUAUUUUUCAUUCUUUGCUGUACUUUUGACAUUUACGUAUGUGUGUGGUGCAAUGCGUUUUAGUCUGGACCAGAGGAAGGACAUUGGUGAAUGUUAACAAUCUGCUUGAUCUUUCUAACUACUGUCAGAUCCUCACCAUCAAUAACCUCAAAAUGUGUGAACUAUGCAAGACCUUUCAUCUUUUCAUUCACUCUUCCUCACUUGCCCUCAUUCAAAAUACCCAACUUCAUUUUUCAGUGUUUGUCCCGCUUAACCGAAUGAUUAUACUCAUUCACUUCCUUUUAAUUGUUAAAUUGUAUUGAUCAGCAUUACCGUGAAGGAUGGCUGAAGAAAUUAGCUUGUGACCUAAGAAAUAUUAUUUUGGGCAUUCAAAUUGUUUCAAACAGGGAGAAAUCUAUUGUCACCGUGCAGUUCUUUAAUGUAAGCGGUCACUACCAUCAAGUAACACCAUUUUAGCAAACUCACAUGAUGUGCUAGGAAGGAACAAGAGCUUCUAUAAUUCUGUUGUAAGAAUUAUUUUCAUCAGUGAAACAAAAAAUCUGUAUCAUUUCAAAGGAGAUUAAAAAAUGUCAAGGAAUACAAUGUGUGUUUGCAUACUCAAACUUGUAUGUCAGUGAUCAUUUAACUCUGUCCCCCCAUCACUUUCUCUGGCUUUCUUAUACCACCAUGUGGUUCUGAAUCCUUGUUACUGUUAAGAUUGCAGUCUUCAAAUUCUUAGCUUCUUACAUGCACCGGCUACUAAAACUAAAUGUGAGAGGAUGCAAGAAGCUAAGAAUGAAGUGUGAUCCAUCUGCAUUUUUCCAUAGCAGACUUCUUGCAUGGGUUCUUGAGUGGCCACGCGUGUUGCCUUGAGUUUCUUUUUCAGUCUACCUACAAACAUUUGUGUUGCCACUCCGGUCAUUGAAGUUCUUAGGGAUCAAGGUUAUGUGAUGCAUAUGGUCUGGUCAAGUGAAGAAUGACAGUAUAGUAUUGCAUUGUGGAAAGGGGGAGUGAAAGCUUCCAAAGGAAUUGUCUUCAACACCCAAAGAAUGAGGUUUUCAAAAAAUGUUUAAGGAUCUGUAUUUUAAAAAGAAUGUAUAAUGUGAAAUGUGUUUGCUUAUG